UCAAUGUUAUUUGCGGUAGUUUUCAAUGUUUUGAUGGUGUGGGAUGCGUUCCCACCACUUUGGAGCCAGAAACCCAUGAUCCGCAUAGAAUUAACUUCUUGGAUCGUGUGUCCUUCCAAAACGAUGUUUGCAGGUCCGUUGGAUAUGUAGCCCCUCGAGUGUACCCGAAUCACCAGUGAUUUUCCUGGGGCACAUUUGAGGCCAGUGCUCCUCGAGAAUUUGUCUACUGUCUCGGCUGCUUGUUGUAGUACUUGUUCUUUGUGUUCCAGAGGGCCCCUUGCUGCCCACAGCGUUAUGUCGUCCGCGUACAGUGUGUAGCCCAAAUCGGGGAUUUGGUCCAGCUGUCGCACCAGGUGACACAUCGCUGUAUGGAACAGCAAAGAGGCUUUGAAGUCCUAUGACCAUGAAAAUGUCGCAGGAGACGCCGUCCUCAUUGUGUACAGCUUAUUGCGCAGGAUACAGCUUACUUGUCAUGGCACAAAGAAGCCGUUAUUCUACAUCCAAGUUCUCUCUGGAAGCCUUCCGAACGACGCCGCAACCUUGACAACUUGGCUCGGGCUUUCCUGGUCUCUGCAGAAUACCGUGACGUCAUCUGGCGAAGAUCGGAAAUCAACCUCACAGCACCAGGACCAGCGCGAGCUUCCUCAGUGGCACGAGCAACUUAUUGAGAAAGAAGAAGGAGAUCUCUAGCUGGGUUCGGACGCCUAACCGCACGCUGAGAUCCAUCACGAGAGAAAGUGCUAUGGAACGGAAGACCAGUGCACCUAGUUCUGCCGGAACACCGACUGCCAGGCCCUCAGAACGCAAGCACCAAGGCGUAAGGCAACCUCAGGGUGAAGACCAGGGUGAAGCGUCCAUCAUCGGGACACAGCUCCACCCAGACCCCAAGGACAUCGCUGAGCCGCAGCCUGGCGGAAGCGCGGGUAAGGAAACACGCACCGCCAUCAGUCCUCGCCGGCUGAAGCCAAUCGUGGCCUACGUACGGGACCUCCCCGAAAAGCGCCUGUGCGAAGUGAAAGGAGAAGUGGUGGCGGCUGUUCCGUCGCCUUUCUCGUCUCGUCCCGCUGCGGCUGUCCCGCGUGGUCGCGGCAAGAGCUCCAAAGCAUGGAGGGCACGAAAGUUGUCGUCGUCAGAGUUCGACUUCCCGCCCGAGCUGCCGCUCCCAAAGCUGCCGUCUGGACGUGAUGGACGGGACUCACAGAGUGGUGCGCGGAACAGCGGCGAUGAAGGCACGAACAGAGGCGCGACCCUCGCCGCGCAAGGUUCUGCGUCGCCGCACCAGCAGGCGCCUUCCGUCAUUGACGGAAAACUGCGAGAGCAUGGCCGACACAGCAUCGGAGCAGAGGGCGUUACUUGCAAGGACCCAGGACAGCAAUUCCAGGACAACGCGGCACUCUGCACAGUGCUAGACGUUGCGACAUCAGCGACAAGCAGCGUUCCCACCGUCUUGCAACUAUCUGCAGACAUACCGGGAACAGGGCAAGUGGUGGAGCUGGAGGAGUCACGCAAGUGCAACAGUAAAGACCCGCAAUUUUCUCCCACCGAUUUAGAGAACAACGACGUCGAGCCGCCUUCAGUUCACUCAAGCCCGUCUGUGCUCAGCCCCGCGCGGGAGCCGCGCGAUUCGCAGUUGCCGGACAUGGGUCCGGACACAAGGGCGAGGACGUCCAGGCCGCGGUACCCGGUGGCAUUUCCGAGCUACAGCUCGGAGUCCCUGCGCAAGUUGGCCGGCUCGCGGGAGCGCAGGGGCGCGCUGACGCCCACUCGCGACCAGCUUCAGAACCUCUACAACACGCUCGUGAUGUCCGAGCAUCCGCCCCGGAGGGAGCGGCUCAGCAGGGAGGCCUUCAGGAAGAAGUUCUUCCUUCCAAAAGGCGCGAAGGUGGCGUUCCCCUCGCCCGGAUUUUCUGGCCAUCCGGCUAGCUCGUCGACGAGCAUGGCGAGAAUGAAGGAUAAGAGCCCAAUGAGCCAUGAAUCGUACCUAGACGACGUCGUCUCGUCCCGGAUGAAGCGGGCUGCCGUGACUUCGUGCGUAGUCUUGGCCGUGGCCGUGACCCUGCUGGCGCUGUUCCACGCUUUUCGCUCGACGUCUCCCAGUCAACGGGCGAGGGGGCUGCUGUGCAUUACCGACGACUGCCGCCUGCACGCCCUCUACCUCGACUACAACUUGAACUACGCCUUCAGCCCUUGCAAGGACUUCGAUGGUCACGUCUGCUCCAGCUGGACGCCGUCGCAGACGUACGCAGAACUGGGCGCCACGGUUCUUGGUGAGCUGGCCGUCAAGUGGGUCGGCAACUUGCCGCUCCUCCUGCGCGGCGCGGUCGACGUGGACAAGGUGGCCGAGAGACCGCUGCUGAUGUACGAAGCCUGCGUGAAAGAACGUGACAACGCCACGGCGCUCGAUGCUACACUGUUCCUGGCCUUCCUCAAAGAGCUGAACCUAGGGUGGCCCGAAACAUCUCCGAGCCAGGUCAGCGCCCUGGGAGUGCUUGUCGACCUGGCCUUUAGGUGGCAGAUGACUUUCUGGCUCAGCUUCCAGCUCAGGAAGGAUGCGUCUCGAGGUGCCAGGCUCUACAUCGAGACCGGUGACGGCGACGUGCUGUCGCAGUUCGCCAUGAACCACCGCUACGUGAUGCAGCGGGACAGCUACGUCGAAUACUGGAUGAGUCACUACACGGCUCUUUACGGCGACACCGCGUCUGUUCCACCCUCGUCGCAAGUACAAGCAAGCGCCGCCGAGCAGACGUACAUAAUCAAGGUGCUCACUGACGUCCGGACGAAAAACGCGCAGUUCGCUACCGUCCUUCCCAUUGGGCGAGUCGGGAACCAGAAGGGGAGAAUAACGUCAUCUGAGUGGCUGCGACACCUCAAGAAAUACCUCUCCGGAGAGGCCUUCCAGUCCUACAGUGACCAAGUCUUGAGCGACAGCUCCCUGCUGGACGCCAUCAGUCUGCUUUUCAACACGUACGAUGACCAGCAGCUCAUUCACCACUUUUCCUGGCAGUUUGUCCAGAUGUACUUCUUGGUUCUGGAUAGGACACCCUUGCAAAUCGUCCACUGGGGCAAGACGUACUCUGCGGCUUAUGUGCCCGUUUACUGCGCCAUGUAUGUGGAGGAGGUCUACAGGCCACUGCUGGCUUCCAUUCACAUCGAGCUGGCCAUAUCCCCGAGCGACAUCAGCCGCCUCAACUUCGCCCUCGCAAGCCUCAUGGAGAAAGUUGUGUCAGCGCUCAACGCCUCGCAACUCGAGCCCGGGGCGAAGCGCUCGGCGCUGGCCAGGUACCAGUCCAUGCAGGUCCGGGUCUGGCCUCCGGGACGGUACUACAGCGAGGACGAGGUCGAGAACGCCUACCGCUGCUGUCCCAGGAGCAGCGACUCGUUCGUCCGGCUCUGGACCGAGUGCCAGCGCUGCCUGCGCCGCGCCCCGGACACGCCUUUCCACCGCGAGUCGAGCGGCAUGCACCGGCUGCUGUCGUCCUCGCCCGUCACCUACGACCCCGUCGCGAACGAGCUCGCCGUGGCCGUCAGCGCGCUGGCCCACCCGCUGUACUACCCCCACGGCACGCCGGCCAUGUUCUACGGCGGCCUGGGCUUCCUCUUCGUGGCGGAGACGCUCAAGGCUCUGGGCCGAGCUCCCAUCGCGGCCCUGGCCAAGGCUAGCGCCACGCUGGACGCGCCGGAGGCCGUGGGUAACCGCUCCGAGCGCCGCUGCUUCGCGGUGCAGAGGAACGACACCCGGGCCACCUACUUCGCGGCGCUCAACGUGGCCUACUCGGCGUUCGCCGAGGACGCUGCCAGCGAGGUGCAGGAGCGGAGACGCCCCAUUAGCCGGAGGCACAGCGAGGAGAGCGUGUUCUUCCUCACCGCGUGCCGCAUGAUGUGCCGGGCGCCCGGUUCGAAUCCCCUCGGCGCGAUCGACUGCAACGCCCUCUUCAGGCACUCUCCGCAAUUUGCGAACGCCUUCGCCUGUGCCCGAGAGUCGACGAUGAACCCUGGCCAGCGCUGCGUUUAUUUCGGCGACAGCCACGGUUACACAAUUUGACAGCUUAAUCGCGUUUGUGCGUUCAAGGCACGUACGAUGCCGCUUGCAAAACUGGAAACGCGUUGACAUCUCUUCUUUUCUUAUUCUCGUUACGUCAUUUUUUCUAGCAAUUAUUACUGCGCUCAUGAAGACGCUCCCAACUGCAAGCGCGAAAUGUGGUAAACGCGAACCGAGUACUGAAGAUUUUAGUGCAUUUGUGGAGUUUAGCAAUUCAGCGCUGGCGGUGGCUGUAAGAAGAAUCGUAGAUGAUUUUGAAAUAUCUUUUUUUUACGAGUUCUGUGAAUUGUCGCUUUGCAUCAAUGAACUUCAAGAGUUCUGAACGUCGUGUUUUCUCCUUUUCUGCGUUUUGGGGCUUGUUAUGAGACAAUUUUUGCAUGUCGGGUGAAACUAUACUACGUUCAUUUUAUUGUGCAGCUGACGCGUCAGCCUUUGUACCUUGACUAGUUUUUCACAGGCGUAAAUAGUGAAAAUUAGUAUCCGACAGCACCCUAACGGCUGUUUACAAUUAUAUGUAUUGCAGAUAUUACGCAUUGCCUGUGCAACAACGCAUAUUUUACUUCUUAUUCAGCGUACACUUUUGUGGUGAAUGUGAGGCAAUUCCAACCACGGAGCGCAUAAGUCAUAGGCGCGAGUAAGGGUGAUGUUUCCAUUAAAUUAUUUUAUUUGUCCUAGUG